UUGACAAAUGUAUCAUCUUCUCUGCUGUUCCUCUAUCAAGUUUUCAGAAAACAUACAGGUAACGGUGCAAUCUGAUUUUCCUAUCCGAAUUCAGUAUUUAAUCAUGUGGGUGAAGAUAGUCUAUGGCUAUAUCAUCUAUAAAUUGUUCCGGCGAUUCCUCUACGACGACCACGAUGGCUUACUUCAAGUUGAGACGACCAAUUCCAACGCUUUCUUCUCCGUCACCGAAAGACUCGAAAAACGUUACGGAGGAAAAGCCUAUGUUGGUCUUAGGAUUCCAGAUGCUGAAUCCGGAUCGCGACGGGAUAUCGAUAUGGUUCUAGUCAAUAAAGGGGAAGCUGUGGUAAUUUCAAUUCAGAAACAAUCAGGGAUUGCAUUAGGUGAUGCUGGUGGAAACUGGGUUUCAACUGCCCACAAAACAAAGCUUCAACCAGACCCUGUAGCAGAAACAAAGCAGCAAGUUGCCAUUCUAGAGUCCUAUCUUGAACAAAGAGGAGUGCCUCUUCCAGAGGGAUAUUUGUCUUGCAAAGUUGUAAAAUUCCAAGUAAUUUCAUCGAACUCUUUUCCACCGGAGUUUGUGAGCUAUGACCAAUGGGUUCAACUGAAACCUGAGGCUAAGACUACACUUUCUGGAUGGAUAAAGGGCACAUUUUUAAGUCGGAGCAAAGAAAUGGAGAAAUCAAUUCAUCAGAAGCUCAACUUCACCCUUCGCACUGCUCCAAUGUGGGACAGGUUGGAGCUUAAAGGUAACAAAUAUCUUCUUGGAGAUUUUCUAGAAUUCAAAGGAAAUGAUGAAGAUACCAUGCUGCUGAAAAAUAUUAAGAGAUCCAAAGUCAGUCGUCUGAUGAUCCAAAUGACUACCAGUAUGUUUGGACUAGCUCCUUCCAGGCUUCAAGUUGUAUACUUGUUUCGUGACUACCGAAAUGAAAGGGCCUCUACUUCAGAUUGGAAAGAAAUAACAGUUAAGUCAAGUGCCGCAUUUCUAUUUCAGCCCAAGGAUUCGAAGAAAGUACACAAGAUCAAGCUAUCGUCAAUUCUCUCCAUUCAUUUAAGUGCUUAAAAAUGUUGCCAAACAAUGAUAAACAGGAAGGGUGAGGGGCUAAACGGAAGCAGUUUUUGAACUUUUUGUUAGAAUCAAGCAUGCUUGUUAAGGAUGCCUUCACAUGUUAUAUAUUUUCACCCUUUUGAUGGC